CCCAAAUUGGAUGGAUAAAUCCUAAUUUAAACAAUUUAAAUUAAUAUUGGCUAUUAUUAAUUGCCACCUUAUCACACCUUCUUCUAAAAAGCUUCACACACACACACACACAACUCUCUCUCUCUCUCUCUCUCUCUCUCAUAUUUUUGAAUUAAAUAUUUCAAGAAUCCAUUACCCCCUAAGGCCUAAUUUCAUAAUUUCUUUGAAUCAAGAAUUUCCAAAUUAGAUGGAUAAAUCCCAAAUUUAAACGAUUUAAAUUAGUAUUGGCUAUUAUUAAUUGCCACCUUAUCACACCUUCUAAAAAGCUUCUCACACACACACACACAACUCUCUCUCUCUCUCUCUCUAAGAUUAAGGUUAUUUAUUGUUCCUCCAAAAUCCAAACCACAAUUUUUGAAUUCAAAGAUUUCAAGAAUCCAUCACCCCAAACCCCUAUUUUCAUCAUCUCCUUGAACCAAGAAUUCCCAAAUUUGAUUGGAUAAAUCCCUAAUCCCAUCAAAUUCAAAUCAAAUUAAUUUGCCCUAAUCAUUUCCACCUCAUCACACCUUCCUCUCAAAAUCCACACACACACUACACACACACAUUAAAACCUCCUCUUUUCACCUCUUUUUCCCCCAAAAAUCAAAACAUCUCGUCAACCCCCCCUCUCUCUCUACAACACGCCGAAUCAAUGGACGACAAGGGCGGGAUCCCGGGCGGGCUGACGGCGGAGGAGUACGCGCAGCUGGAGCACGUGAUCCGCACGUACCACACCUUCGACGCAUUGCCCAACACAUGCACGUCCCUCAUCACGCAGCGCAUCGACGCGCCCGCCGACGCCGUCUGGCCCCUCGUCCGCCGCUUCGACAACCCCCAGCGCUACAAGCACUUCAUCAAGAGCUGCCGCCUCACCGGCGACGGCGGCGUCGGCAGCAUCCGCGAGGUCACCGUCGUCUCCGGCCUCCCCGCCUCCACCUCCACCGAGCGCCUCGAGAUCCUCGACGACCGCCGCCACAUCAUCAGCUUCCGCGUCGUCGGCGGCGAGCACCGCCUCAACAACUACCGCUCCGUCACCUCCGUCAACGAAUUCAACCCCUCCGGCGGCGAUAGCAAGCCCUACACGAUCGUGCUCGAGUCGUACAUCGUCGACAUCCCCGACGGCAACACCGGCGAGGACACCAAAAUGUUCACCGACACCGUCGUGAAGCUCAAUCUCCAGAAGCUCGGCGUGGUCGCCACCGCCGCGAUGCAUGGCGGCGGCGAUUGAAUUCCAUUGAUUUUGCGGCGGAGGCGGAGGCGAGGUAAGGGAAAUUGAAUCAAAUCGAAUUGAAUUGAAUAAUUGGGGGCGAUGGUUUAAGGGCUGUGUAUUUGUUUUUAAAUAAUAAUAAUAAUAAUUAAGGUAUUAUAAUAUACUAUGUAAUAUUUGAUUAAUUUUGAAUAUUUUGAUUUAAAUUAGUGGCUAGAAUUGAAAAACGAAAGGGUUUUUCUUUGGCUUGUCUCAUCAUCUCAUGCAAGUUGUGAGAAUUUUCUAUAUUUGUGCAUAGUUGUUAGAAUAGUUGGUGCAUUUUAUUAUAUAGUAUAUUACUACUUUCUUUCCUUUCCAAUGCUAGUUGACAUUUUGCUUUCAAUAAAUGAUUGGCUCAUCAUCUUAA